AUGUGCAGCAACGAGAGCCCGCCGCCGGCGAAGGAGCCGUUAGCCGUCGGCCUGGGUAAUCCGAUGGCCGGCUUUCUCCCUGGUCUCGAGCAUUAUCGGCUGCACCUGUAUCAUUACGCGAUGGCGGAACGACUGCGGCUGGCGCAGCAGAUACAGCAUCCCGGCGUGGCUCAUUCGCCCUCGGGGGCGCCGACGGCGCAUCUGAGCAUAGGCCCGGGAUUCCCGGCGCCGCUGCCGUUGUACCCGGCGGCCGCCGCGGCGGCCGGUUACCCUGGCCGAUUGGCGCUCUCCAUGGCGUUGCUGCAUCCGCAUCACCAGCGGAUACCCGAGGAGCCGAAACCCCAACACAGUUACAUCGGCCUGAUCGCCAUGGCGAUACUGUCGUCGCCGGAGAAGAAGCUCGUGCUGUCCGACAUUUACCAGCACAUUCUCGAGCACUACCCGUACUUUCGCACCCGCGGACCCGGCUGGCGCAACUCCAUCCGGCACAAUCUCUCGCUGAACGACUGCUUCGUCAAGUCCGGCAGGAGCGCCAACGGCAAGGGUCACUACUGGGCGAUUCAUCCGGCGAAUCUGGAGGACUUCCGGCGCGGCGAUUUUCGCCGGCGCAAGGCCCAGCGCAAGGUGCGCCGGCACAUGGGCCUGGCGGUGGACGAGGAGCCGGACAGUCCCAGCCCGCCGCCCUUGCCCGCAACUCCGCCGCCUCCGACGGCUCUCGGCCCCACGGUGGCCUCGCAACCGAUAUCCGCGUUAUGGACGCCGCACCAUCAUCACCAUCAGCAGCAACAGCAGCAGCAGCAGAAUCCCUUCCAGAGUCAGUCCCUUCGACAGUCGUCCUUCCAGCCGAGGAAGCGACAGUUCGAUGUGGCGUCGCUCCUGGCGCCGGACGAUCAGCAGCAUCAGAUCGAGACGGACGUGCUGGGGCCGACCAAGUCGCGCAGAUUCAGCUGCAGCGAGGAUGAGCUGCACGACUUGCCGGAGGCCGAUCAAGACGACGAGGACGUCGAUGUCGACGUGGUCGCUGACGCGAACGCCUUACCGUCGCCGAGCACGCCGCCGUCGGCCAGUCCGGAUUUGCCCAAGGUAGUGUCUCCGACCGCUCAUUGGAAUCAUCAGAGUGUACAAAGCGGCGGUCAACAGCAGCAGCAGUCACAGCAGCAGCAGCAGCUGCAUCUUCACAAUCAUCUACAUGUCAGGAACUACUAUAUCCCGGCUAACUCCGCCGGCGGGUCCAGCGUCUAA